AUGCCGAAAGAUAAAACAUCGAACUAUUCGAGACUUGGGUAUUUUUUGUCCGAGUUUGGCGAUGAGGUUUUUUUGAUUGAUGCUAGUAUUCUGUUUUGCAAAUUGUGCGAAUGUAAAGUUAAUAGUGACAAAAAGUUUAACGUUACUCAACACUUAAAAACGGAAAAACAUUUAAAACCCAUUAAAAGAGAGGAAAAUAAAAUUGAAAAGAAACAGCAGUUACUUACAAAUAUUUCACAAAAAUCUACUUUUAAUAUCGACCUUUGCAAGACUCUUAUUUCUACAAAUAUACCACUAAACAAAUUAUCCAAAGUAAAGUUUCGACAAUUUUUAGAAAAGUAUACUAAAAAUCCAAUUCCAGAUGAAUCAACACUGAGAAAAUUAUACGUUGAGGAUAUCUACAAUGAAACUAUCGAAAAAAUUAGAAAUAAAGUAUCUAAUAACCGCAUCUGGGUGAGUAUCGAUGAAACCACGGACGUCGAAAAACGCUUUAUUGCUAAUGUCAUCAUUGGUACUCUGGAUAUUGAACAUUCUGGAUCCAUAUUAGCUUCGAUGCGAAGCUGA